CGCCCCGGCACCAGCCCCGAAGAAGCGCAUGGUCAAGCGCAAGCCCGCUCGGAAACAGGUCGAGGAGGGCCAGAUCGAGCCUCGAGUCGUCGAGCAGACGGGCCAGACGUACAACCUGUGGUACCACAAAUGGGCCGGCGGCGACAAGUACGACGCGAUGGGCCUCCAGGAAAAGGCCAAGACGCGCGUCAACAUCAAGAGGGACGCCGGGUACACGCGCGCAGACGGCAGCGGCAACAAGUACAUCUGCCUGUACUUUGCGCGCGGCUGCUGCCCAAAGGGCGUCGAGUGCACGUACCUGCACCGGCUCCCGCCGCCUCAGCACGUCCUCCCCGACGCGUCGCUCGACGUCUUUGGGCGCGAGAAGCACUCGGGCUACCGCGACGACAUGGGCGGCGUCGGCUCGUUCAACCGCCAGAACCGCACGCUGUACAUUGGCCGCAUCAAGGAGACGCGCCAGACGGCCGACGUCGUCGAGGAGCACUUUUCAGAGUUUGGCGAGAUUGAGCGCAUCAAGAUCCUGUCGAACCGCGGCGUCGCGUUCGUCACGUACCCGAACGAGCUCAACGCCCAGUUUGCAAAGGAGGCCAUGAUGCACCAGUCGCUCGAGGGCGACGAGGUGCUCAACGUCCGCUGGGCCACCGAGGACCCGAACCCGGCCGCCAAGCGCGCCGAGCACCGCCGCGUCGUCGCCCAGGGCGAAAAGGGCAUCACCCAGGUCCUCGACCCCGAGUUUGUCCAGCGCGUGCGCGAGCUCGACGAGCUCGAGGGCCGCGUUGGGCCGCGCGAGAUCGAGGGCGAGGGCGAGGAGGCGCAGGCGCAGGCGCAAGGGCGGCUCGAGGCGCCGCAGCCGCAGGGCGCGCACGAGGCAGGCGACGAGGUCGACGACGAGGGCGCCGGGCGCGCACGCAAGCGCGCCAGGGUCGCUGCUGCGGCGCCCGAGGCCCCGCCGGCGGCGGCGACGGUCGUCGAGGCCCAGGCGCGCGCUGUCGGCGGUGCGCCGCCGCCUCCUCCUCCUGCCGCACCCGGACCCGCACCCGCACCGGGCCUCGCGUCGGGCAUCCUGAGCGCGCACGCCGUCGACAGCUUGCGGUACAUGGCGCACUUGCGGCAGCAGAAGCAGGGUCCCGCCGCGGGCGCGGGCGCGAGCGCGGCCGGGGUCGGGGCGCAGGCGGCGGUCAAGGCCAAGCCGGUGGUCGGGCUCGGGGCGCUCGCGGCGUAUGGGUCGGACGACGAGUCGGACUGAGGAGAGGGGGAUCGAGGGGCAAGUGUAAUGCGUGUUGUGAGCUGUCUUGUC